UUUUUUUUCGGUUUUAUUCCCCCUUCUUUUUGGAGUACAACACCCAAGCCAGAGGGGCCUACAAAACUUCCUGUUUGGUGAACUCCUAGGCCGCUUAGGCCUUCUGAGUCCGAGUAAAGACGACACAAACCUUGUGGCAAGUUCUCCACAGAUGCAUUUAUCGAAAAGCAAUGGAACACCUCGGCCUUUAAACAACAACUCCGAUAAGACCAAGGGGGAGCCGACCCAGGGGGAUAGGAAGCAGGAGAGGAAGGAGGUGAUGAAUGGGUCUACAGAAAGGAAGACCACGUCCUUGAGAAAAGCCCGAUCUGAAUCCUCCCUUUCCCUUUCCCCUUCCUCUUUCUCGUUGACUCCCCUGCAUGUGGAACAUCCGGACAGGGUGGAGCCCCAAAUAAAAACCUGUGAAGUGAGGAACCAUUGGGUUCCUACUAGACAUCCUAACACCACUAGAAAGAUUGCAGAUUGGACACUGGAAGUAAAGAAACCAGUUUUGUUUAUAGGGGACUCCAACCUGUCCAGAAUUCCCUAUUUUAGUGACGAAAAUGUUCAGGUGGAUAGUUACCCUGGAGCCAACUUUUUACAUAUAGCCAAGGUGUUACAAAAAUUAACCCCUAAUCCAAACACUCAAAAAGUCGUCCUAUCAUUAGGAAUCAAUAAUAGAGAACAAACAUUCGAAAGUACAACAAAAAAACAGUUGCAAGAGCUGUGGAGAAUUGCUGCAGUGGUUUUUCCCAAUGCCACGAUCUACACCCCAUUAUUAAACUACUCGGAUAUCCUACCUAGACGACAACAAGAAACUCUAACAAAACUGAACACUCAUAUACUGGCACAUGGUAAUCCAUUGCAGGAACUUCACCCACUUAGGUUCAAGGUGAACCCGAGGGACCCUAUCCACUGGACCACGGAAACGGCUUCGCAAAUGUUUACAUACUGGUUGGAUCAGUUAAACUUUUAGGAAUGGUGAAGUGCAAUAAAACAGACAACAAAAAGCACACCAACAUCAUUAACCUAUCCAAAACGUUUUGUCUCACAGGUCCGCAGGAGGAUUUACUCAGCAAGGGUCUCACCUUCAUCCCGACGCCAUGCGGUACGGACUUGGGGGAGCUGGGGAGGGAUGUCCACGCUUACAAUAGACAACUUAAAAUUUUAGACCACUUCCAAUACACAAAAUGUAAAGAACACUUACAGUUUACAGAAAAAUCCAGAUGGGAACCGAGCACCGAACAGACCAGUUUACCUAUAAAGCAGUUGAUUAAAAAGAACAGGAUGAUUAUCAAUUCUCUUUCAGAUUUUUCCAACAAUCAAGCAGAUAAUUUAACCGCCACAGAACGCAGAGCACUCAAAGAAUUACAAACCAACAGAGAUAUAAUAAUUAAACCGGCAGAUAAAGGCUCAGCGAUCGUCAUAAUGGACAAACAACAAUACUUACUAGAAGCAAAUAGACAAUUAAACAAUACCAAUCAUUACACUUUACUUCCACACUCAUUACAACAGGAAACACAAUCAUUGGUAACAUCCAUUUUACAGGACUUAAAACAGAAAGGCUUCAUUAACACUAAACAGUUUAAUUACCUUAUUGGUCCAAACCCACCAAGGCAGCGGAAAUUUUAUCUAUUGCCCAAAAUUCAUAAAGACCCACAGGCGUGGACAGUCCCUUCCGAGGUUCCACAGGGACGCCCGAUUGUGUCGGAUUGUGGGAGUGAGACCUACAAUGUGGCACAAUACAUUGAUUAUUUCCUCAAUCCUGUCUCACAACUUCAUCCCAGUUACUUAAAAGAUACAUAUGACUUUAUAAACAAAAUCAAGAACAUGACAAUUCCAGACUCGGCC